AAUGGAAAAGAAAAUAAGGACAUAUGAAGGAAAGGAUUGUGUACAAGAGCUAGGAAAGUUAUUGAAAUUGUUCCCUCGCUUUAAGAGGGCCUACAUUAAUCGAGUUUUCACGCGGAACAUGCUUAGUUAUGAAAAGAGUUAUGAACAGUUAAAAGAAGAAGAUGAUCGAGAGCGUGAAAGAUGCUCAAAGGUCCGUCUUAUUCAAGCACCAAAGGCCGAGUCUAAACGACCAACAGAUUCGAAAACUCACAACCGUCCGGAAUUGCCUCUUCAGUCACAAGCUUUCUUAUGUAUGGGACUGCCUUUGGGUCGUUGCCCUCCCCAUGUUGCCAACUCACUGUAUCGUCGAGUCAUUGUUACUCCUGAGGGGACCGUUGAAUCUGCUGAUGAACAUGAACAGAAGUUUUUGGACUCUACGGGUUUAUCAAGUUCUGUGCUGGAAACACCAUCCUCACACUGUGAACCACCGCGUCCCAAACCAUCAUUGUUCACUGGGCUGAAAAUAUCAUCUGUGUCGACUGUCUUGCCUCCGAUUCACCAACUAGCUGAAUUCAAACAGUCUCCACCUAGACCAUCAGAAGAACAGAUGUUAACAUCGGAUAACAAUGCUGAAACGUUGAAUUCCGAAGAGACAACUAUUCAACAAUCAGGCAACAAAUUCUUUCGUACAGAUCAUGUUAGCGAAGCACAAAAAAAGAAACGUGGGUACAUUAAUCGCGAGAUGCGAACUGCUACAGUUAGUACACCCGUUAGUCGAACUAGCAUUACAGCAUCAGCGGUCAAAUCUGAUUUGGAUAGUGAUGAUUCUAGUAGGAAACCAGGAGAUGCUGUUAAAUAUUUAGCCAAAGUUGGUGUUGUAAGUAAUUCAGUUAAUCGUAAACGUCCUACACGUCGUGGAAAAUCAACUCGUCAAAAAUCAACAACAGAAAUUCAGGGCAUCAAUAACGAAACAACCACUUCACCUGCUCUCGAGGUUAUUACGGAAGACGAUGGUCUUGAUCUAACUAAUGAAGAACGCCGUCACCUUUUAUCCUUUUUUAACGAUGCUGUAUUGGAAGAACUCACGUUGAUGCCAGGGUGUUCUCGGAAAACCGCACAGGCUAUUAUCAAUAUGCGCCCGUUUAAAAAUACGAAAGACUUGGUUUCUCAACUGUCAGGAGUUCGUCAUCUUUCCUCCAAUUUAUAUGAAUGUUGUAAAGAUAUUUUAGAAGUUCGUUCUUCAGUUAUCCGUUUACUAAAUAAGUGUGAACGUCUAACUGAACAAGUUGCUAGUCAUGCGACACGUUUGCUUGAAAAUACCAUAGAUUUACCUGAAAAUGCUGAUCAAAAUCAGUCUGAUGUUGAUCAUGAACAUGAUGACUUCACUAUAAACAAAGCGAAUGGUAAUCCUGUCCAACUAGUGACUCAACAGCCCGCUAUUUUAAACCCUUUGCGUGAAUUAAAACCCUACCAACUUGUUGGUUUGAACUGGCUUCGUCUGCUACACCACGAACAAGUCAAUGGAAUACUAGCAGAUGAAAUGGGCCUCGGAAAAACAGUUCAAGCUAUUGCUUUCCUAGCUAGCCUUUGGGAAAGUGGAAAUCGCGGACCACAUCUUAUCAUUUGUCCAAGUUCAACCCAGGAUAAUUGGCAGCGUGAAUUAAGUCUUUGGUGUCCUCACUUAAAAGUACUUGUUUAUCAAGGAUCUGCAGAACAGCGAAAAGCAAUCCGAUUGAAAAUAUAUGAAUCUGAGUCUCAACCGGAUUUUAAUAUACUUUUGACUAGCUAUGCUGUUGGUACAAGUGCUAUUGAAGACAGAGCUUUAAUGAAACGCAUCAACUUUCAUUAUGGGAUUUUCGAUGAAGCACACAUGCUAAAAAAUAUGACUUCUCAACGUUAUCGAAAUCUGAUGAAUUUUAGAGUUCAACGACGUUUACUUCUUACAGGUACACCUCUUCAAAACAACUUGUUGGAGCUCGUAUCUUUGUUAUCAUUUGUUAUGCCAGAAAUGUUCCUAAAAAGCACAGAUUUGCUGAAAAGGAUUUUUCAGAUUUACUCAAAACCCAUGAAUUCCCGUGAGGAAGAUCAGUCAGCCAAUAGCACUCCUAUUCGAAGCAGUUUUGAAGAAGAACGCUUAGUUCAAGCUAAAAGUUUACUUCAACCAUUUUGUUUACGACGAUUAAAAUCACAAGUCCUCGGACAGCUUCCUCCAAAAACUAGUGAAGUAGUUUUAGUAGCAAUGACGAAGACCCAAGCUACUCACUACCACGAUCUUGUUAAACGACUGCGUUCUCAGCGAUCGUUAAAAGACACAAACAGCAAUGGUCAAGAUCCCUCUCUUCUCUUGAACAAUGAAUGUGAAGAUGGUGAUGAAAAUGCUGAUCCAGAUGCUAGUGAUCCUAAAGGUGAAUGUGCACCAAGAAAAAAAGCCCGUUUAGAUAAUUAUACUACAGUAAAUGGAACGAAAUCAUUUCCUGUCACUUCUAAAUCCAUUUCUGAGUCUCUCCAGUCACCGUGCAACAUGGUUACGGCGUUGCGCAAGGCAGCAAAUCACCAGGCCCUUUUUUCUGGUCUUGCAUACACAGAUUCAAAUCUUCGGGAUAUUGCAGAAUCUUUGCACUUAGAUCCAAGUCACUCUAAUGCUGAUCCGAAUCUUAUUUAUGAAGACCUACUUGCAAUGAGUGAUCAUCAGAUACAUAAACUUUGCCAGUUUUACGAGGUGAGUUUAACCCUGCCAUAUGUUACAUAUUGUAAUUAUUAUAAAUUCUGAUAUGGGUUGUAAGUUCCCUCUGAUUAUUUCCUUCAGCUCUAAACAUAUGAAAUCCACUAUAUAUGUAAAUGCUCAUUCUUAGGUGGAAAAUGUCAAUGGAAGAUUCGUCCACUAAAGGUAUACUGUUUACGAUCUUAUCUGAGUGUAACUGAAAUAACUUGUUAGCAUCUGAAACAAAAGUGACGAUAAAAAUGUUGUAAAUUAUGUAACUUAACAAUACUUAGUUAACAUUCAUCUUCUUCAGUUUAGCGGCAACUUAUUGGUUUAGGUUUUCAACUUUCAGCCAUGAAGUUCCAAAUUUGAACACCGCUCCACCUACUGCUAUUUAAGCAACCAAGCAGUAUCAUUAUCCUUCACACUUUGAUUGUGGUUCAUGUUCACGUACCUAGUGAAUGAGCUAAUUUUACCAUGAGUUUUAAGAUUUUGAUGUAUGUUUUCUUUCUAGCACCUUUGAUCAGAAUUUUAAAUGGAAUUCACCUUUGUUAUUGUAGUUAUAAAAAAACAAUAAAUGUACAGUUAUUCCUAAUUCAUAAUUGAAAAUUAGUGCGAAUAGUGUAGUCAUUGAUCACUUCAUGUUAUCUUUAAUGUAAUCUAUCCAAUUAUUAAUUUAAUACUGAAGUUGCAUAUGUAAAUUAAUGGAUAUGAUGAAGCAUUUUAUGAGUUCUGUAUUUUUUCAGUAAAUAAAAAUAUGGCGAAGGAAAUUCUGUUUUUAAAAAACUUGCUUUCAUAUCCAUACUUACGUAAUUAAUAUCAGAAAAAAUUAUGGAAAUUUUCAGAAAUAUUUAUUCCGUCAGAGUUCGAAGUCGACUAACGGUAAUAGAAAUAAAUUGAUUGUUUGACUGAAAGAUAAAUAAAAUAAAGGUGUGGUUAGUACAUGAUAAGAAUAAAUUUCAAUUAAUUUAUAUUGACAUUUUAAUAAAUUCUUCUUCAGUGUACUGCAGUAAAUAAAUAACAAUCGCACGUAUAUCUUUUUUACGCAUAAUGUCAAAUUGAACUUCUGGUUUGCUAAAUAAUUCGGUUGUGCUAUAAUAUUUUAUUCUUAAUCCUUUCUGAUUUCGCGAUCAAACGUCAUAAAAUUUUAUGAUAUAUUUUAAAACUGUGUGAUUGACCCCUGAGUUGACUAAGUGGUCUGUAGUGAAGCUGUAUAUAAUUUUCUGUUCAGUUUGCGACAGCCAAGCCGAAUAAUGUUCAAGGAGACGUUUUACGAGUGAACAUCAUGGUACAACUGACCUAAUCACCGAUACGAAAGCAAGUAAACUGAUAAAUGUUCAUUAAUAUUUUAUUCAAAAACUAAUGUGAAUAUAUACAAAACAAAUAUUCAUAACUUCUUAACACGUAAAAGGCUGAUAUAGGUGUUGACUGAGUCCAAAAUAAACAUCAAAUUUUUUCUUACAAUUUUUUGACACAUAUGUACACAGAGCCUUUCUUCCAUUCAGUUAUCCAUAUGACGUUGUUCCUUCCCAUCACUUACGAUCAUGCUAUCUUUGCACGUAUUUACUCUUAUCUAAAGUCACUGUAAAUGUAGGUGUUUACAUGUUAUCUGUAAAUUUGUUUCAUAUUUAUUCAGGGUCUAGUAAAACAUUUAUAAUGCAGGCUUGUGUCUAACAGUAGAAUCAGGGACAUGCAUUUCAUUGUAUUUUGAACUCGUCACGUAAAUUUACCUACAUCCCAAUGCCGAUAUUAAGUUGGGCUUCGAACCCGGUGCUUUUUUCUUCAAACGACGACCGGUUAUUUAUUGGUCUACUGAGUUCACAAAACUAAUAACCCGUUCAACCGUUAUGUUGUUUAUAUAAUUAUCAAUAAGGGUUCAAACUAUCUCGUUGAUGUCCAGACCUCAACUUUGAUUAGUCCAGGCUGGAGUAUAUGAAUCAUGUGCGGAUUACCUUGAUUUUGUCACAAGUUAUUUACAACAGAAUAUUGUUUGAGAUUUACAUUGUAUUUCUAACUGUUCGAUUUGCAACUUAUCAAUUGAUCUCAGUUUUUUAUUUCGAUGUAAAUUCUCCGACUUACCCCCCCCCCUUGAAAUCAUGUAUAUGUCAGUGAACACUACUUAGGUUCAAUAACAUUAAAAUAUCCAUUCUCUAAUUAUUCCCUUAAUUUAAAAGACUUAAUAACUUGAUUUAUUCUCUUGUUUCGUAACCCUGUUAGUAAUAAUAUCUAAUUUCUCUUAACUCUCUAUCUGUGGUUUUGUUAACUGCAGCAACUUGAAUAUGAGCACGUCAAUAAGUCGAUUUUUGUAUGCUUACCUUUUUGAUUUAUCAUUCACACUAAUGAAGGCAGUUCUACUAUCUCAUCUAUAAUAUUCGACUUAUUUUAAUAAUAUAAGCCUUGUUAUUUCAAGGAAUAUUAUGUAAAUUAUUAAGUAAAUAGGGCGUUACUGAAACAGAUCACAUUGAUCAAAUGGCUUUAAUGGAUAUCAUGGUUAUUGAUUUUUAAUUUAGCUGUUUUUCUUCCCUCUUCAUUUUACAUGGGCUUAUCUACUGCUACUGAAUAAAAAUUAAGUAGUUUAGUUGGCUCUGUAACUACAUGUGUUAAAAAUUCAAACAUCUUUUGCCCAUAAAUAUGAUCAAUACAAAUUGAUAUUUAAGAAUAAAUAAACACGAUGUCUUUUGACAUAAUGAAAUGACAUUUCUCUUAAUCCUUAGGUUUUAUCACCAUAUACUCUCUCCCCUGAAUCGAUCAUUUCUGGAUCUGGAAAAAUCCAAUGGUUAAAUGACAAUUUGCCUAAAUUAGUCUCUGAAGGACAUCGUAUUUUGAUUUUUAGUCAGUUUGUCAUCAUGUUAGAUAUAUUAGAGGAAUUUUUAAGGAUAACUAACAGGCGUUAUAUACGAAUGGAUGGAUCAACUCCUGUCUCGGAACGACAAACAUUAAUAGAUCGUUUCAACAGCUCAUCGAUUGAAGUUUUUCUACUAUCUACACGUGCUGGUGGCCUAGGUAUUAAUUUAACUGGUGCGGAUACUGUAAUAAUACAUGAUAUCGAUUUUAAUCCAUAUAAUGAUCGACAAGCAGAGGAUCGCUGUCAUCGACUUGGUCAGAAAAAUCCUGUUCACGUCAUACGACUAAUCUCUGAAGGUACUUUAGAAGAGGGUAUGCUGCGCAUUGCAUCUGAGAAAUUACAAAUGGAACAGAAUGUAACAGGUUGUGUGUCUGAACACAACACAGAACAGACCGAGGAAUCUGAAGACACUACUCGUGUUAGUUCCCGGAGUAGAAGGUCAAAGUCAACUAAUAUUUUGCCGUGUUCCAGUCUAGAUGGUAUGACAGAAAAUGAAAAUGUUUUCAAAGUCCUUGGUAAUUGGAACUCAGCUGCCUCGGAUCUCAGUUUAUCAAUUGUGAAUCCUAUAUCAUCGAAUCGGAUUAGUGAACGAGAUGUUCGCUCCCUUCUUUCAGAUGCUUUAAAAUUGUAGCUAUAAACAUUUUCUACUUCUAAAUAUUCCACAAUUCCUCUAAGACAAAGACCGAUUGAUAUAUUUGUUAUAGUCACUGUUUUCACUGCACCGUCCCCUUGUUGUAUUAGUUCAGCGAAUUCAGUGGUUUGAAUAUUUCUGCAUUGAUAUAAAUCUUAAUAUGAACACACAUGGAAAUAUUUGAAUUUAGUUUUUGUGAAUAUAUGUAGGAUGUUGAUGAUGAUGAUUUCACGAAAAUACGAAAACAGUGAAAUUUGUCUUCAUUCUUUACCCAUGUAAAUUGACUCCACUUUUUGGUAAAAAAAAGUUCUAAAUUUUACCUGUGUAUCAUUUUUUUUGUUUUUCCAAAAUCUAUUUUUGCUUAAUUUGU